AUGCAUCAUAGCGAUCCCCCAUCUGGUCCGCUGCCAAUAUCCUCGAAUAGCAUUGAUGAGGAGGGGCCCAGCAUAUAUGCGGACCAAAAACAGGUGGAACAGGCCUCAGACUUCCCAGACGGCGGAUGGCGUGCAUGGAGCGUGGUGCUGGGUUCAUGGUGUGCAAUGGUGCCUUCAUUUGGGCUUUUGAAUACAAUGGGCGUCCUGGAAGCCUGGUUGGCAAAUGAUCAGUUGAAGGACUAUUCUAAAGCAUCUAUCGGUUGGAUAUUCGGAGUAUACUCAUUCUUUCUUUAUUUUGGAAGUGUCCAAGUCGGACCGGUUUUUGACGCUUACGGUCUCAGACCACUGCUUGCCCCAGGAUGUAUUGGGCUUAUUGGCUCGCUGAUGGUUUUUAGCGUAGCUAAAGAAUACUACCAAUUCAUGCUGGGAUUCAGCGUCCUCGGCGGAAUCUCCUCCUCAAUGGUCUUCACCCCCAGCGUAGCCUGCCUGGCACACUGGUUCCAUCGCCGCCGUGCCCUAGCGACUGGAAUUGCAGCCACAGCCGGCGGAUUCGGAGGCAUCAUCUUUCCCAUUCUAAUCUGGAACCUCACCGAAGCCGUUGGAUUCCCCUGGGCCAUCCGAAUAACCGGAUUCAUCUGUGCUUUCUUCUGCAUCCUAUGCAUCCUCUUCCUGAAAACCAGACUGCCUCCCAAAAAGCUCGGCGGAGGUAAAAUUGACAUUCGCGCCCUACGCGAAGCCCCAUUCGCCUUACUCACGGUCGCUAUCUUCCUAAUCGACUUCGCCCUACUUAUACCCCUAACCUACAUAACAUCCUACGCCCAAUCACAUGGCAUGCAAGAAAGCCUCGCAUACCAGGUCGUCUCUAUCCUUAACGCGGCUUCGAUCCUGGGCCGCAUCGUCCCGGGCUACUUCGCAGACCGGUACGGACGGUUCAACGUCAUGAUCGUCACGACUUUCGUAUGCACCGUCUUCACCCUCGCAUUGUGGCUGCCCGCUGGGUCUAAUACAGCCGCUAUCGUGGCAUAUGCCGUUCUAUUCGGGUUCUGGAGCGGCUCGGCGAUUAGCCUUGCACCUGUUUGUGUGGCGCAGAUCUCGACGACGGAGGACUUUGGGAAGCGGUAUGGAACUACGUAUUCCUUGGUUAGUGUUGGUGCACUGUUUGCGAUUCCUAUUGCUGGGGAGAUAAUGAAGGCGCAGAGUGCCCCAGGGAAGAAGGAGGAUUAUUCGGGGCUUAUUGUGUUUUGUGGGUUGGUUUAUGGGUGUGCUUGUUUGUUUUUUGUGUUGGCGAGGGGUGUUAAAGUUGGGUGGAGGGUUGGAACGAUAUUCUAG